GAGGUUUAAAAUGGAUUAUAGAUGGUAAGAUGGAGUAUUCACAAAUGGCUAGUGAUGUCUUCCCUGUCGAUGAUGAUCAGAUUUUUCACCUUUGUUCUCAUUUACCAGACCCUUCUUUUCAAAUGGCGUCUCACCGCUACCUAAGCAAUUUAAUCACUGGUAUCAUCAACGCCAUCUUUGCACCGUUCGCUGUAAUUGCUAACUUUUUGGUGUUUAUAGCAAUCUUGCGGAGUCCGACUCUUCGUUGUACACCCUCCUGUAUGUUGAUCGCCUGUUUGGCUUUAUCAGACUUUUUAGUCGGUGUAAUCGUGCAACCAGCGUACCUUGCUUAUCGACUGAGAGAAAACCAAUACGGUUAUGUAAACUGUGCAGUAAGACUCCUUUAUGCAAAUGGUUUUUACAUCUGCUAUGGAGUCUCUUUCAUGUCCUUGAGCACAAUAAGCUUUGAGAGAUAUCUCGCUUUAAGGCUUCAUCUUCGCUAUAAAUGUCUGGUAACUGUGCGUCGAGUGUUAAUUUUCGUAGUGUUUAUCUGGUUUCUAAACGUGGCCUUAACUUCUCUUCAAUGGGCUCGCAUCAUCAAAAUCGCGCGAGGCAUGAGCUUGUUUUUCUGGUUCAUGUCUCUUUUCAUCGCAGGGAUUUCUCAGUUCGGAAUCCAUCGGAUCGUGCGCCGCCACUGUCGGGAUAUCGAGCGGCAUCAAAGGCUAUCAGCUGGAAAUCAAAACUUUCGAAUCCAAGUCAGGCUUGCAGUUAGCGUUGCUUACAUUGUGGGGAUAUAUUUCUUCUUUAAUUUGCCAGUAUUGGUUGUUACCACCUAUCACCAAAUUGCGACUGGCCACAUUGACUCGUAUGAUUACUACAGCUGGAGUGAGACUAUAGCUUUCUUGAACUCCUUCAUAAAUCCUAUGGUUUGUUGUUGGAGGAGUCAGGACAUCAGGAAAGCUAUAAAGAAAAUGCUACCUGCGAGAUUUUUGUAAGACACAUAUU